CCACCCAAGGUACCUGUAGCCUCGCCGCACGGCUACAAUCCGUUGCUCCGGCCUCACCAGCAAUCGCUGCCUCUUUUCAGAAACAACUCCCAAUGGUGCAUAACCGCCACCGGGGUGAGGGCCAGCCUUGUUGCGCAUUCGUUGCAAAUCCGUCCUAUUUUUUCCCUUCGAGAGGCUGAUUAUGGAAUUGUUUCUGCUGCAGACCGCCGUCGAGGGAAGCUACCGCCAAUGAGCGCGGCGCCGUCCAACACCCGUACAGCCCAUUCCUCCAACAACCACCGCCAUCGCCAGCCGUCGAGGCGCAUCUGCAAGCACGGGCCCGAGCCCAAGGGGCGAAAGCCGACCCGGAGAGCCAAAGAAUCCGACGCGGACGAGUGGUUCAGCAUCCGGGACAUCGUUGACGAGAAGUCGGAGCGUGGGAGGACUUAUUACCUGGUAGAUUGGGAGGGCACCGAUAGGAACGGCCAACCGUACCAGCCAUCUUGGGAGCCGGAAGUGCACGUGACAGAGGCUGCCGUCCGAGCCUGGCGCGACAGGAGGACUGCGACCAAAGCGCGGCCUGGCACCGUCAACGAGGCGUAUCCUCCUGCCCAGACAUCCCCCCAGGAGAACGGCCCAGCCCAGGCGUCCAACCUGCGACGCCGAAUCCGAGGUAGCAACACGUCCGAACACGGUGAUAGUGCGCGGGGGCUGGGGUGUAGUGAGGAGGCUCCGCGUAAGCGUAGGCGAACCGACAGCCCAGCUCUCGACCCGGACUCCGCCGGCCCAUCGCCGAGUGCGGGUAGGCUAGGCGACAGCGGCGUAGAUAAGCGUGCCGCGCCAGAGACCAAAGGGCCUCAGGGGCCACAGCACACGUGCAUAACGAUCGAGCUACCCCACAAUCCUGACCUGGACCGUUCGGCCUACGUAUACGUGCCACCCUCGCAGACAGGAAGUCAGUUGUCUGGCUCUGUAUACACUGAUACAACGCAAAGAGCAGGCCUCCGUGACGAAGACCACCGAGUCAUACCCGACUCUCAGGAACUCUCGGCAUUCUCCUCUUUCGCCACCACUUCCGAAACGCAGGCUAGCAAUCCUGAUCAUCGUUGGUUAGCCGUGGCAGGUCGAGCCCAGGGAGAGGCUAUUGCUACGCGUCAGGACACGCAAGACCAACGCGCCGGGCCCUCUUUUCAAUCCACGGCAGAAAUUCCGUCGCGCCAACCGGAUCACGGAGCCCCUAACCGCUCAGCGAGCUGGCCGAGCUCUAGAUUCGUGCUGGGAACGGGCCCCUCGUCCACCCAACAUAACUUGGUUGACAACUACCCUGGAAGCCGAGACACCAGCUUCGAAGUCAGGCCACGAGCGGGCACAAACAUAGAGAGCUUUGAUUUCGCGACCCAAGAGAGCUUUCCGGUCGAUUGGAACCCUCCGACGUCCCAACCAAGCAGCACCCGGCCAAUCUCGGAUGAACACAUCCCCGCGACGGAUUUAAGCCAAGGCCAGCCAUCUACGGUUCACAAAAGCACCGCAUCGCAACAAACUAGCUCGCAGGCAGCCCAGAUCGUACAACCUCUGAGCAGCCAACACAGCGUCCUAGUAGCACAGAGCCAGGCCGACUUCACAGUCUAUGACGACGACCUGGCCGUAUCUCAUACGACUUCGAGGCAGCCUCAGGUCGAGCACGCCUCUCAGGGUUCGAGUCAAGCCUUAAGCGAGCUGGACGGCAACACCAGGAUUACGCCAUCUGCUCCGAGCGGCCGCGAACUCGUAUCACAGCCCGAGCGACACAGGUCUGCUACCUCCGAUCCCCUCGAUAGCUCGCCACCUGUGCCUGAGCAACCAGCCGCGCCCACUAAGAUGGAAAACACCCGGCCGGGGACGCCGAUGUCGGCACGUGAGCGGGUGAAGCUCGUCAGAGAGAAGAACUUUGCUAGGUUGGACGGACAGUCGCCAGUAGAUUCGCCAACUCCCAAGGACCCCGUCGGUACUGACCUGGCCGGCGCCCAAGACGACGCCCCGGCAGCAUCCCGUACAGACGUGUCAGAAGAGGCACAGGUGCCCGUGCCAUCUGUUUCAAACGUUGGGCCUAUCGCAUCGACCACCCCGGCUUUCGCUCGAUCCCCCGAAGCGCCUCCGAACGAACGCCCCUCUGGCGAGCAGCAAGCAACAGAAGAGCCCCGUCAUGCUGACGCGAGCCUUGACACUCCCAUCCAGGAACAACCAGCAACCUUAAACCCAUCCGAACUGACGCUGUCCAUCGAACAAGAUAUGGAUGUCAGCCCCUGCAUACCUCCCGACGAUGCGCUUGACCCCACUCCGCCAGUGUUGGAUGAGUUCGCACCGCACGAGGAAGAGGAUAUCCCUCCCAAUUACCCGAAGAGCCUCCAUCCGUAUGUCCCGACGGGGCCUAACGAAUAUGUCAUCACGCUUCCGCUGCAGUCUAGCAGCCGGCCUGUGUACAACGACAUCCUGCGAGAGAACGAGGCGCUGAUACGCGAGUUUAACGCCUCUUUUCUCGUUUAUCCCUACACCACGCCGCUACCCUCAACGGUAUGGAAACUUGACGAGGUUUUCACCCGCCUUUUCGAUAUUUGUGACCAGCCCCACUUCAUGGAGACCGUGAGAAACAUGAAGCCCUCCGAAGUGGCUAAACAUGUCACCGGUACCAAUGCGAAGCUCUCUUUCGUUGCGGAGCUGCUUUUUUGCUUGGCGGAGGAGGAAUCGGAUAAGAAGAUUCUCAUCCUCGCCCGCCCCGGAGAUACCAUGGAUUUUCUCGGUUCCAUAGUCGAAACCGGAGGCUACCGCUACUUUCGAUCUGGCCUAGAGGUGGUUAGCGCUUCCGCUGCCCGCAAUCCCUUAACCGUGGUCCUUUCAUCGACUGUAGACAAAGCGGCAUCAAUCCCGGAGGACAUUGACGCUGUCGUGGCAUUCGACCACACGUAUCGACAAGACUUACUCCCGUUAUCGGUCCGCGAGCGUUCCCCCAUAGUGCUAGCCUUGGCCAAUACAUGCACUAUCCAGCACCUCAACAUGCGUGUGUCGGAGAACCUCGAAGCUCUGGAGCGGAAGAACGUGCUCGUGCUCGCGCUCGUUAAGGCGAUGCGCUACGUAGAGGAUCCGGAUUGCACCAGGAGCUUGCCUCAGAUUGCCGAACUCUUUUCCCGGCACAUUCAGACGCCCGACGACGACGACUUCUACUGGGAGUCCCAAUCGGUGCCGGAGGACGUCUUCGAGGACCUGCACGCCAGCAACCCUGAAACGCAGUUGUUACAGCCCAGGUUAUCGGGCCUCGGGACUAGGCAGCUUCCCGGUAGUCGAAAGAGAUCCCACGAUGAUGAGGACGACGAGAGUGUAUCGAAACGCGUGAGAAUGUCACAACCGUUGGUGGUAACUAACGUGAGUCAUAUAAGCGACUCACUGAAGAGCCUCAUCGCGGACGACCACCUGAGCGACUCUCCAAGACGAACACUCUCAUUGUCAGUCAGCAAGCUAGAGGCCUUGUCUACUAAGAUCACAAGUCUCGAGGCCCAGCUGAGAGAGAGUAAGCAGCGCGAAAAGGAAUUCCGAGAGCUGAGUGAUCGAGCGCAGAAAGAAGUGAACGGUUACUCCUCCUCGAUCAACUCUAUACAAGUCAAGUACAUGGAUGCGCUCAAGGACCGAGGCACGUACGAAGCGGAAUGCACAAAGAUCAAGGAAGAGGCCAGGAUACUUGCGGCCCGUCUCGAGGCUAGCGCAAAGGAGAGUGAGGCACUCAACGAGAACAAUGCCGAGCUUCAGCGAAAGCUGGCCGAGGCAAGCAAGGCCCUUCUCGGCUCCCCCAACCCCGAGCUUGCCAAGUUGGCAGUGCUGGAGAAGGAUUUCGAAGAGGCGAAGAAUAAGAUUCUCCAGCUUGAGAAGAAGAUAGCCGUCACUCGAAGUGACAUGGAAUAUGCCCAAAAUGCAUACCAAGACGCAUCCCAAAAGGCGGUGGGACUCCGAGCUGAGAAUAUCGAGCUCGAGCAAAAGAUCGAACAGCUCGGACGCAAAGCGGACGAGAAUAUCGUCAAGGUCAACCGCAUCCAGUCCGUCAACGAGGUCAAGGAACUGGUUCGGCAGCUGGACGAGCAGAAAAACUUGGUCCGCGACCGAGAUAUGGAGCUGAGCCGGCUCAAGGAGGAGCUCAGGGCGCUGAAGAACGGCCGACGGGAGACGAGGCAGAGCAGCGUUCCUCGGAGCCCCCGGCUCGGGGCCCUCGGCGUCAUGAGCCCGCGAAACGGCGGCCGGGUCAAGGGCGGCUCCAGUAGUCGGGGCACUAGUCCUGCGCCGCCUACCGGGAUUUACGACGGGCCCGCGGGCGCUCCGAAUCCGAACAGCCGCUUCUCGCACCUACGCAACGCCCCAUUUCAGUAGGGUGAAGCCUCUCGGAUAGCUCACACGUGCUCUUUCUCUCUCUCUCUCUCUCUCUCUCUCUUGAUCUCACAUCGUCUGUCCGUGCGAACUUGGUGGCGGGAACGAAUAUAAUGGGAGGUCAUUUCUCGGGGGUCUGUUAACUAAUCCUCGUAACUCCCACCGCCUCCUACCACGACCACCGCCGCCAUCUCCCCCUCCACAUUAUCUAGGACUCGUUAGUACGCAUUUGCGGCCAUCCCUCCUAUCUCGCGAUAUGCGGGGACGGCCUUACGGAGAUCGACUUUUUUUUCCUUUCAAUUUCUGGCCGCAGGGUUUACUGGGGUAGCUAGUUCACCCGUCUACUCUUCAUGUACGUAUGGGCGGGACGGACGGACGUCACGGUGUGCGGAGAAGAGGAUCUCAUAGAAUGAUAGGACAGACACAAUAGAGCUUUCUUGCACUCGUGCCUUUGGGUAAAAGAAAAAAAAUAUCAGAAAUC